UUGUUUACAUCCCCUCUGUACGCAAAUUCGAGCGUAACACAUUUCAAGAAUCCGUAAAAGUUAUUUAAAAAUUCUGAAAACUUUGCUAAAAAAUAAUGUCGGCUGUUGACGAUGACCACAACGCCACCGGCCCAAAGGAGGAUCGCUCGGUGGAACUAACCUGCCGGUUAUGUCUCAAGGAGUGCUACAACCAGCAGUACCGGGCGAUAUUCGAUUUUGAUGGUGAUCGCGCGGUCAGCGAUUGGAUUGAGGAGCUUACCACGUUAAAGAUUGCUCAAAUCCCUGAAACACCAUCCUCAUUGUGCCGUGAAUGUGAAUCGACACUGGAAGCAAUUGAGACGUUCCGAAAUGAGUGUCACAGCAAUGAUAAGCUGUUUUCUAAAAUAUAUUUGCAAGAAGAAACAUUGGAAGAUCUGGAAUUGGAACUGCCAAAAGUUGAGGCUAUCAAAAAUAGUUCAACUGAAAAUGAGGAAGUCGAGGAAUAUGUUGUUGUAGCUCGUAGUGGGGAGGACCAAGAGAAGCAACAUGAAACAGUUGAAUUGAAGUUGGAGAGCAUUGAAGUAACGGCAGUAAAAGAAGAUGAAGUUGAAGAGCUAAUUUGUGAAAAAGAAUCGCCCAUGCUUGCCAAGAACAAACGAAAAAGUAAAGCAGAUGACCAGAUUGCAUUCACGAAUGAAAACAACAAAAAUCAUUGCACUAUUUGCAACAAAUUUGUGGCGCGACUCAAUCAGCACAUGAGAAUUCACGACGACAAUCCAGAGUACCGCUGUGAAUAUUGUAACAAGGGAUUCCAUCAGCACAGCAACCUGAAGAAGCACGUUAGAACGCAUACCAAGGAAAAACCCUACAUCUGCAACACUUGCGAGAAAGGAUUCACCAACUCCACCGAGCUGAAGGUCCACUCGCGUGUUCACACCCAGUCCAAACCGUUCCAGUGUACGCAGUGCAGUAAGGCGUUCGUAACGUCCGGCCACCUGGUCCGCCACAUCCGUUCCCACACGGGCGAGAAACCUCACGCCUGCGACAUUUGCGCGGUCCGAUUCUCCACCACAAGUCACCUCAUUCGGCACAAGCGGCUUCACUCCCAGGAAUAUCCGUUCAGCUGCGAACGCUGCCCGGAACGUUUCACGCGAAAAGACUAUCUCAAGCUGCACAAGUGCAAGUCAGCGUCAGCGGAAUAAAACCGGCGUGAAAUU